AAGGGCCAGCUGCCCGGUUGCAGCAGGCGAGAGGAACGGUCCAGGCUUCAGAUGCAUUGUGGGAAAAGAAAGUUAGUUUCAGUUUUGCACUAAAGGACAGAAGAAAGUGGCGGAGAGGAUGCGAUGAGGGGCCAUUACCCAGAAAAUCGGGGGUUACAAGCUGCGAUGCCUUGAGAUACAAUAUCCAUCACUCAUCCGGAGAGAACUGAGCCUCCAGUCACUGGCUGGAUUUUGCAAAUAAGUUCCAGUUGUAAGAAGUUAAGGAUUAAAACAAAAACAAAAAAACCCAAACGUCUCCACAAUCUGGGUAAAAUAUGUUGCAGACUUCCUAAGCACAACCCUUUAGGGGCUGGCAGUGUUCUAGCGCGUCCCCAGAAGAUCCUGCCCCUGAAAUGACCCAACCAACCACACCAAGAGACCCAGAAGUGUUCGCCAGUGACGCAGAGGAUGAGGACUCCGAAGAGCCAAUUGUUCUGCACCUGUAUCCUUGCCCGGAGGAGAGAGACGACGCAAAUCCCGAGCAAAGUCUGCCUGCCCCAAAUGAUGGAGGGAUCCUGAAACAUUCUACCACCCUGACGAACCGUCAGCGGGGAAACGAGGUCUCUGCCUUGCCUGCUACUCUGGACACUCUGUCCAUUCACCAGCUUGCGGCUCAGGGAGAACUCACUCUGCUGAAGGAACAGCUGCAGAAAGGUGACAACCUGGUCAACAAGCCAGACGAAAGAGGCUUCACGCCUUUAAUGUGGGCUUCGGCCUUCGGGGAGAUUGAAACAGUCCGUGCGAUGCUGGAAUGGGGCGCCGAUCCCCACGUCCUGGCCAACGAGCGCGAGAGUGCCUUAUCCCUGGCCAGCACCGGAGGGUACACAGACAUCGUCAUCUUGCUGUUGGAGAAGGACGUUGACAUCAACGCCUGUGACUGGAACAGUGGGACCCCACUCCUGUACGCUGUGCGGGGCAAUCACGUGAAGUGUGUCGAGGCUUUGCUAGCCCGGGGUGCCGAUCUCACCACUGAAGCAGACUCUGGCUAUACGCCGAUGGACCUUGCUGUAGCUUUGGGUCACAAGAAAGUCCAACAUGUGAUCGAAAAGCACAUACUCAGGCUAUUCCAGAACAAGGAGGCAGAGUGAGAAUCCCUCAACCAGACUGUCUGGAAUGCCCCAGACUUCCUUCUUGCUGAAAAAGACUGAACCAAUAAGCUGGGGUUGUGACAUCACAGACGGAAGAAGUUUGUGGACACUCUCCCAGGGACGGGGAAAGAUAUGGCCAGGCAUUUUGAGAAAACUGAAUGGAGAGAGACGUGAGAGGAUGUUCUCCCGUGCGAGAGAGGAUGGCAGAAGGGUGUCUUUGAGAGGGCGAUCCCAUACUACGAUGCUUCCUCCAACCCAUCUCGAUACGAGGGAUACGAAAACAAUGAAUACGAAUAUGACGCAUAUUUAUAUACCACUUUUCAACAAAAGUUCCCAAAGUGGUUUACAUAGAUAUAGAUAAUUAAAAUGUCAUAAGAUGACAUGCCACGAAACAGGGAAGACAUCUGCAGCUUCCGAAGCAAGGAAUUACUGAUGGCUCGAGUGAGUAAUCCAAGCUACGAGCGGAACAAGAUGGCAAACUAUUUCGCUCUCCUCACACUCCUGCCACGGCUUACAGAUUGGGCUGUAAGCCGUGGCAGGAGUGUGAGGAGAGCGAAAUAGUUUGCCAUCUUGUUCUGCUUGUUGUUGACUCGUGGGUGUGUAGCACCCAAUUUCCUGCUCCCCUUUGGAGUAGCAACUUCAUACAUGCUGUACUGCAUGAAAUGCUUUCCUGAUAGUGGGAGGACCUAUUGUGUGUCCAAAACGUGAGUCCAAAAGAGAGCUGCUUCCUUGAGAAAGGUGUGUCUUUCACGGCUGGCUUUAUCUCCUGGGGCGAGUUGAGAUUGGCUACAGGUGAGCUUUGCUUUAAAAAAAACCAGACUCAGCCUAACACUGUAUCAAAAGCAACAAGCAGACUUUAUGGGUGGGUAGUAAUUGCGGCUAGCAACAACUUGUACAGGCAGGCAGAUCUGCGUGGAAGUUAUUGCACAAUUUGUUUGAAUCAGCCCAUUUCCGUCUCGCAUCCUGUAGUCGGUUUCCCCAACUGUCACCUUCCAGUGUUUCCUUGACAUGAUUGCAUUAAUAAACCACUUUUACAACCCACUAA